AGAAUAGAUAUUGCCACGCGAACUGGCACGCGCGAAACGUUUGGAUCCACGCUUGGUCCUAUUUCACAGGCGCUAUUCACGAAAGGGUCCAAACCUGUAUUAUAAUAUCUUUACGAAGCCAGUUGGGCGAACGGGUAGAAAAUGGGGGACGCCGAGCAGGUUUUUUCGCGCAUUUUUACGCUGAAGCUUUAUGGGCAGCCGGAGCUCGGUGGAAAGACGCCAGCUCUGGUGCUUAGCCAGCUCGCUGCGGAGCUGGAGGCCGAGGCUGAAGAGGGAGCGGCCAAACCAGUGCUGGACGCGACCGUGCUCGACCGCAUGCUGGUGGCCCGCCUGAUUGAGGCGCCCCCGGCCGACUACCCGCAGCCCCCCAUCCACUACCUGAUGGGCUGUUACGAGCGCUCCUCGGAGGAGCUGCGGCGCGCUGGCGUGUCGGAGGCGGCGAAGGCUGCGGUGGCCACGGCGCGCGACCUCAUCCUCAACUACGCGGGCCUGGCGCUGUUCGCAGGCAUGAUCCCGCAGCCGCCGGUGCUGGAGGCGCGUGGGCCGCUGCAGCUGCUGGACGCGCUGCUGCUGCGGCACGGGCUUUCAGUGGUGGCGCUCACCACGGUCGUCACGCCCGCAUUCGCCUCGGCCGGCGGGCAAGCGGCAGCGUCCGCCUAUGCAGCAGCUGCAACACCAAUGCCGCCGGGCUUUCUGGAGGAGCUGGCGGUGCGGCACGACAAUGACGAGGGGCUGCAGGAGGCGGCCGUGAAGAUGGUCGUGGAGCUGGCUCGGCUGGUGUCGGUCAUAUCGCCGCUGGGCGACCCGCAGCCGCACCUGACCUGCCUCGCCCACAUCGUCAGCCUGGAGCCUCUGGCGCGGCCGGCGGCGCGGGCGCGGCAGUGGCUGCCCGACUUCAGGAUUGCGGGCGGCCGGGCGGCGGUGCUGCCGGGCGCGUGCUGGCUGGGGCCGUUCUUCAACAUCAGCCCCAUCCCGGACGACGUGCGCGGCGCGCCCCAGCAGGAGCCGUCCGUCCUGUCGCAGUGCUUUGUGGGCAUGGAGUCCCGGCGGCCGGGCGACGUGAACAACGCCAUUAACACGCUGCGCAUGGCCAUGAAGAACAUCGUGGGCCAGCUGCACGGCAGCGUCAAGUCGCUUCUCAAGCUGAAGACCACGAAGGGCCACAUGGUCAAGUGGCUGGGCGGAGUGCUGGAAGGCAACGCCGGCCGCUCCAAAAUGAGCUUCACGCCGGAGUCCGUGGCGCCGGACGGAUUCAUGGUCAACGUGGCCGCAGUGCUGCUCAAGCUGUGUGGGCCCUUCAUGGACACCUCGCCCGCCUCGCCGUUCUGGAAGCGCGUGGACCCGGGCUUCGUGGCGCACAGCCACGGCCUGCUGGACGCCUCGUACGCCAACGAGACAAAGCUUGCGGCGGCGUCGGAUGAGGAGGCGGCGUGGCGGGAGCGCGUGCGUAGCAACGGCGCCGCCUCAACCGCUAGCAGCGAGCCCAGCUCGCCCACGGGCGAGGGCGAGGGCCACCACUUCAUCUGCCAGGCCUUCUUCCUCACGGCGCACGCGCUGCAUAUCGGGCCCAUCCGCUCCAUGACCAUGAUCGAGGAGGACCUGGCGCGGGAGAUGCGCUGGUUCGCGGGCGCUGUCCAGCAGAUGGAGGCCGCGGCAGCAGGGUCCUCCAAUCCAAUGGAGCGUGCUGUCAUUGAGCAGCGGCUGAACCAAUUGCGGGCGCAGCAGGACUACGUCAAGGCCCGCUACAACGCGUUCGUGGCCACGGUGCUGGAUCCCGCGCUCAUCACCGACGUGCUAGCCUUCUACCGGCUCAUGGCGGCCUGGCUGAUGCGCGUCGCCAACCGCGGGGCAGCGGGCGGCGUGGGCGGCAUCAACAUCCCGCUCCCGGAGCCCGCGCCGGAGGAGUUCACCUGCAUGCCGGAGUACUUUGUGGAGGACAUGGCCAACGUGCUGCUGUUCGUGGGCCGCUCGGCGCCGCAGCUGCUGUCUAGCGCCGCGGACGGAGCAGGCGUGCGGCUUGAGGAGUUUGCGGUGUUCUUCACCAGCCUCAUGGCCUCGCCCAAGCACAUCCGCUCCUCCUUCCUCAGGUCCAAGCUGAGUGAGGUGCUGGAGCAGUGGCUGCCGCAAACGGAGGAGGAGGACGGGCGCGGCGGCAACUUCCGGCGGCGGGCCCCCAGCGGCGCGUCGGCUGACCUGGCGGCGCUGUUCAACUGCAACCCGCUGGUCAUCCAGCACCUGACGCCGGUGCUGGUGCAGCUGUACAACGACAUCGAGCACACGGAGCGCUCGGGCGCAUUUUACUUCAAGUUCUCCAUGCGCGUCACCAUUGCCAACAUCCUCAAGUACCUGUGGGCACAGCCACAGCACAGGGCUGUGUGGCUGGCGUGGGUGCGGUCUGAGAACUACCGCGGCAACAGCGAGAAGUUCGCGUCCAUGCUCAUCAACGACCUCACCUACCUGCUGGACGAGGUGGUGCGGCUGCUCAAGCUGCUGCGACAGGCGGAGGAGACGCGGGCGGACGAGGCCAAGUGGGCGGCCAUGAGCCAGCAGGAGCGGCAGGAGCACGAGAGCCAGGCGCAGUUCAACGGCCAGAACCUGACGGCGCUGGUGCGCUCCGCCAACUCGGUCAUCAGCACCCUCAACUUCGUGACGGAGGAGUUGGACACCACGCGCACCUUCCUGCAGCCGCACAUGGUGACGCGGCUGCGCGACUCGCUCAACUACUUCCUGAAGUACCUGGUGGGUCCGGAGCGGCGCCAGCUCCGUGUGAAGGACCAGGAGAAGUACGGCUUCAACCCGCGCGAGCUGCUGCGCGGGCUGGUGAUGGUGUACCUGCACGUGGAAUCCAUAGACCGCGCCAACCCCGGGCCGGAGGGCCCCGUGUUCGCGGCGGCUGUGGGGCAGGACAGCCGCUCCUUUGACGCCGCCUACUUCGACGAGGCCUCGCUGGUGCUGGACAGCGGUGGCCUGCUCAAUGUGGGCCAGCGCGAGCAGCUGGCGUCGCUGGCGCAGCGGGCACUGGCGGCCAGCACGGAGGCGGAGGCGGAGGACGAGGAGAUGGGCGAGGACGUGCCGGAGGAGUUCAGCUGCGCCAUCCUUAGCACCAUCAUGAAGGACCCGGUCAAGCUGCCCAGCGGCGUGGUGGUGGACCGGCCCAACAUCCAGCGCCACCUGCUGUCCGACCCCACCGACCCCUUCUCGCGCCAGCCGCUGACGGAGGACCAGCUAGAGCCUCUGCCCGAGCUGACCGCACGCAUCACCGCGUGGCGCAAGCAGCGCAGUGGCGCGGGCAAGUGAACAAGGUAGAAGCGUGUUGGUGGAGGAAAUGUUGACGGAAACGGAAGGGACGGAUGAGGACGGGGUUGGCGCGCAUAGUGAUUGGGGUUGAGUGCAGGCCAGGAGAGGCCGCCGGCUGUAUGGAUGUGCGAUGGGACAGUGUUAAGGCAGAUUGGUGAAGUCCCGCAGGGUGCAGCUGAUUGAUGUAUGGAUGCGGCCAUGGUUGGCGUGUUCGUAUGCAUGCUCGCGCCACUUGGCAGUAUACGGCAUGUGCUGUCCUGGUCUGACUGCUCUGUAAAGCUUGCUGAGU